AUGGAAGUCGAGGUGCGAGUGGUGCGUGCGCGGGUGUGGCUGCCCAGUUCUCAGUUCCUCCAUCAAGAUGGACUCUUGUCGCUCACUCGUGUCGGCGAAACCGAGAGCGUAGCGCAUGCAACUUUGCGUUCCGUGCAAGGGAAAAACGGAGAGCAGAACUCACUUGCGGAGAUGGCGCACCAAGAAGGCCAGCACAUAUACUUCCGCACGGUAACAGCGAUUUGGGAAGAUCUAGGCGUCACAUCUGGCAACAAUUGCCCAAAGUUUUCCUUGCCUGAAGAGCUAAGCAUCAUGAAAAAGAUUAAUCAAACCAGUUUACCUCGAUUGGACUUCCAGCUAUUUCUUCUGAGGCCUCGAUCUCGUGGAGGAACAUCGGCACGCUCAGGACCGACGACGGUAUAUCUUGGCACGAGUGGAUGGCAAUUAAGUGAGAAAGACGUGGAAGCGUUGAUAUCAUCUCGAGAAGUGGUAUUCCUCACGACAGUACAGGAUGAUCUUGGAACGUUGGAGGUGAAGCUUCGGUGUGUAGGGCCGAAUAAUCCUAGCCGGUCUCAAGCGAGGGAACUAGCUGCUGAUAACGACGCUGAAGCCCCCACAGGCUUCACCAUCAACUGGAGCUCCAGUGAGGCACUGCAAAAGGACCUGGCUGAGAAAGCUCGACAGAAAGCAGAAGCAGACAAGAAGCUGGUGGCGCAGCUCAAGCAAACAGCCAGUAAGGCAGCGAAACUUCUUGAAACCCGCGACUUAUUGCUCGUGCACUUGCACCGCUCACGAGCUGCCUCCAGAAUUCAGCGUCGAUUUCGACUACAGCAAUACAAGAAGCAGGGGAUUAUCAUUAAAAUGCGAGAAGAAGAACAGGUGCGCAUAGCGGCGAAAAAGGCGAAAGUCCGGGAUAAAGUCAUUGCUCGUAACCGCGAGCGCGCAUUAGCCAUGCGUGCACGCCUUCUCAAGCAUCUCGAUAACAAUUCCUUUUCCACUAAGAACGCAAACCCAGAAGAUUCUCAGUUGCACCAAGAAUCCAAGCGGAUAGCGGAGCACAUGGAGACUGAGCGAAGCAAGUUGAAGCAGAGACUGGCGGUUCUCGAGAUGCAACGUCAACAAUUCGCAACCAGCCAGCGAGUCAGCGCGUCAAGAAGUGCUCAAAGCUCGCCGUACAAACGCAACGACAAACUCUUCGACGCCGAGCUCAUUCGCGCCGUUCGAGACUUGCAUUUCACUCGAACGUACAGUAACCAAAUGUAGCCAUUUCAAAA